AUGCUGCUCCCGCUCAUUCACAUUCACUAUGAGAUCAACCUAGAGGUUGCACUGGUUCAGGGUGGCAGCGAUAUUCCGGAUAUCCGCGUGGAUCAAGAUACGCUGGCUUCUUUUGUUGCAACACCCGCCACAGCGGCUACAUCCCUGCGCGAUUCUUAUCGUGGACGGACACGGUUUGGAACCAACGUGGGGUUGGAAACUCGCACUCGCGCUCUCCUCCAUCGACUCGGCUUUCCACAGGCCUUUGUCCCUUCCCAUGCGGAUUGCUCACGGCUUCUCCGGGUGAUUGAGGAGUGUGACGUCAUCGCAUUUCUCACGGAAGUACUUUCGGCGAAAGACUUCCUAAAUGAAAAUUCAACAUUUGUCAUCGACAUCCUCAACACUAUGUAUCGCGUCUUCCUCGUUGCUCAAAAUCUGCCAUCCCCGAUUGACGCUCGGUUCACGGCUCUAUCGUCCGCUUUUUGUGACAGCAUCGAGCACUCUCAUUCGUGGUUCGAAGCGGAUCGUGCAGCUUUAGCUGGUUCGCCACUCAACCGGAUCCACCUUGCCAUCCGCAAGUCUCUUUUGCCCAACAUACUCGUGUUGAUAUCUGAAGGCCAUUUCCUCGAGACGCCCGGUCUACGCCGACUCUGCCUGCUAUAUUGGAUCACAAACUCGGACAUCGAUGUCAUCGAGCAUAUGACGCCUGUCGCGUCCCACGUCAUGCUACAGUAUGCACUGACUGGGCGCAAAACGCUCUAUAAGAGCGUGCGUGAACUGCAUCACGUAUUCCGUUCAUCGAUCAACCAAUACAUCCUUCCAACGUACGGAGCCGAACGCUACUUGCACCAGAUGGCAAAGAUGUUGCGAAACAAAGGCUGCGGGACUGAUAACAAUCUGGACUUCAUUCUCCCCAUCAUCGUCACGUCGAUCAUCAGUCACCCGGCGCUGCUCGCGAGUGCUGCAUUGCCCGAUGUACUCAAGGCCAUGCUGGAAAUUGCGGCUCAACCGCUUGUGAAGGCCACACAUUGUCUGGAACGACGCGCCGUAUUCGAGUUCCUUCGCUUAUGCAUGUGA